GAUGCAUUGCUUUUUGAGUUCUAUAGUGUUUCUACUUUUUAGAAGUUAAAUUAAAAUCGUCAGCAAUAAAAACUUAAAAUAAAAUCGUUAUAAAAGGUUACAGUAUUUUGUAGAACGAAUCUUUUGUCUUUUUUACAGUGUAUACCGAAAAAGUAUUAUCUGGAAAUAAUGGCAGACCCAUCAAAGGGUCGUGGCCGUGGUCUGGCGUUAAUUCAAUCGUUACGAGCUCAAAAGAAUGUGGAAUCUCAAAAGCAAGACAUAUCUAGUGAAACCUCAAGUUCUCUUGAUAUGUACCCACCACCAAGUGCUGCAUCAAGCUAUGCACCUAGUAUAGCUGAUAGCUAUGCCCCAAAUAUUUUAAGUGCAGUUUCUUCAGCCAUGGCACCACCCCCAGCUGGUGGAGGAAGAGGGAAAAUUGCAUUACUUAGUAAAAUGCUUCACAAACCUGGUGGAGGAGGAGAUGCUCCGUUAUUAUGUCCAGCAUCAGAUGUUAAACCAAGCAGCAGUGCCCCGAAGAGUAUGGGGAGAGGUCUCAAAUUGAUUCAAUCUUUAAGAGCUGCCCAAUCGCAUUUGUCCCCACCUGGUAGUAGUGCUGCUAGUGUAGUUGAUUCAGUAACUGAUCAAAUGGCAGCUAGCACCAUCACGGCGGUCUCUGAUGCCUCAUCAGUGGGCAAGAAUAAGUAUUUUAGAGAAAUAAAAGAUACUCCCCCAGUUGUAAUGAAAGGUACGACUGGGACGCCGUGUGACGUCACAGCCAACUACAUAUACCUAAAGUUUGAAGAAAGUAACGUUUUUGAGUAUCAAGUUAAAUAUGAACCCGACCAGGACCACAAGCAUCUGCGGUUUAAAUUGCUUAAUGAACAUAGACACCUCUUCGAAGUGAAGACGUUUGACGGAUCAAUACUAUACGUUCCUCAACGGCUGCCGAAUGACGUCACUGAUCUUGUCUCAACUAACCCAUAUGACGACAGUAAAGUUAAUAUUACUAUAAUAUUCAAUCGUACUCGACGCCUAAGCGAGAUGAUACAUAUAUACAAUCUGCUCUUCAAACAUAUAAUGUCUGACCUCGAGUUGGUGCGUUUUGGGCGACAACACUUCAACGAGCAUGCGGCCAUACAAAUACCGCAACACAAGUUGGAAGUUUGGCCUGGAUAUGUGACAGCGGUAAAUGAAUACGAAGGCGGUUUAAUGUUGACCCUUGAUUCCACUCACCGGGUGUUGCGUACCCAGAGCGUGUUAUCUUUCAUAAAAGAUACUGUGCAAGCGCAUGGAGCGAACUGGAAGAGGUUGGUUAAGGAAACGCUGUUCGGUAGCUCUGUUAUGACCAGUUAUAACAAGAAAUUGUAUCGGGUUGACGGCAUCGACGAUAAUUUAACGCCGAAAUCGACAUUUGAGAGAAAAGAAAAUGGAGUCCCCGUGCAGAUAUCAUACAUCGAUUACUACAAGAAGAAUUAUAACAUCGAUAUUAUGGAUUGGGAUCAACCGAUUUUAAUUUCAAGGGACACAAAACGCAUAGCCGGCGAGGAAAAGGAAGUGGACUAUAUGAUAUGUCUGAUUCCGGAACUGUGUCAGCUGACGGGAUUGACAGACGACCAGAGGAACAACUUCCGGUUAAUGAAAGAUGUCGCUACGUACACGCGAAUCACGCCGAAUCAGCGAUACGCGGCCUUUAAACAGUUCGUCAGCAAUGUAUUGAAUAAUGAGUCGGCAAGAAACCGCUUAAAAGGCUGGGGUCUGAGCCUCGCGCCUGAGACAAUAGAUAUAACAGCUAGGACUCUGCCCCCCGAAGCCCUAUACUUCGGGAACAACGUGAAAGUCCCCGGGAAACCCAAUGCUGACUGGAAUGGUGACGUCGCGAAGAAUUCCGUGAUGCAAGCUGUAGAUAUAUACAAGUGGGCUGUCCUGUUCACCGAUCGGGACAAACAGACAACUAUGAAUUUCAUUGAAACAGUCCAACGUUGCUGUAAGCCAAUGGGUAUAACGAUCGAAAAGCCGCAAUUGUUGCGAUUGCCGAACGAUCGAACUGAUUCAUUCGUUGUGGGUCUUAGAGAGGCGAUACAAACAAGGCCGCAAAUUAUUGUCGUUAUAUGCCCUUCGUCGCGCGAUGAUCGCUAUUCUGCGAUUAAGAGGGUGUGUUGUUCGGAUGCGGGGAUACCUUCACAGGUAAUAAACGCCCGGACAAUAAUGAACCAGCAGAAAGUGCGUUCGAUUACUCAGAAGAUUCUAUUGCAAAUGAACUGCAAGCUAGGUGGGACAUUGUGGCACAUCCAUAUUCCCAUCAAGUCCGUGAUGGUGGUCGGGACGGACAGCUACCAUGAUCCCUCGCGACGACGGCCCAGUGUUUGCAGUUUCGUAGCGUCAUACACGCAAAGUCUUACGAAGUGGUAUUCAACAGCCGUCUUCCAGGAGCAAGGCCAAGAGAUAAUAGACUGUCUAAAGGCGUGCCUCGUAAAUUCCUUGAGGCAUUAUCUUAUUACCAACGGAUAUUUACCAGACAGAAUAAUUAUAUAUAGGGACGGUGUUGGCGAUGGACAGUUUAAACAAGUGCAAACAUACGAAAUACCGCAGUUGAGGAUUACUAUCCAAGAAGUGGAUACGCAAUACGUACCAAAGAUUACGUACGUCAUCGUACAGAAGCGUAUAAAUACACGAAUAUUUUUGAAGUGCGGUCCGGGACAGUUAGAAAAUCCUGCUCCAGGGACGGUUGUAGAUCACGCUAUUACUAGGAGGGACUGGUACGACUUCCUAAUAGUCUCACAAAAGGUGAACCAAGGUACGGUUACACCCACCCACUACGUCGUUAUUAAUGACGAUAGUAAAAUGCCACCGGACCAAUGCCAAAGACUUACGUACAAACUCACACAUUUAUACUACAAUUGGCCUGGCACGGUGAGAGUGCCAGCACCAUGCCAGUACGCACAUAAACUGGCUUAUCUGGUCGGACAGAACAUAGGAAAGAACACCAGCGAAGCGCUCGCAGAUAAACUAUUCUUUUUGUAAGUAACGUAAGUGUUCUGACACCGUAGUAUUCCAGUACUAUGCCAGUACAUCCUUAAACUGGGCUUGCAUAACAACACUAACAAGCGAGUUGAUAAAUUUUGGUACAAAUAAACAUAAAUUACUCGGACAAAUGAACAUUUAAUAUUAAUAAUUUUAUAUUUUCGAAGCAAUGUAAAAGUUUGUGCCCGUAAAUACAUAGUAAUCAAAAUUAGAUUUUCUGUUUUAAGUCAAUCAUUUUGGGUACCCUGGGUAAAAUCUCCAAUAUAAAAAUAUACCUAUUGUAAAAUGGCCAAUUUACAGAAUAUAAUUCAACCGUUGAGUUUAAAAGUUGUUUUUAUUUUUCUAUUUAGUGUUAUGGAUAAGGAAAAGCAAUUUUCAUUCUCAAUAAAUGGUUUGAGUUCUAUUUAUUUAUUUAACAAUUGUUUAUUAUAUAAGUGAAUUUGAUUGAUAAUAAGAGGCUUGUGUAAUGAAAAUGAUAAGGCUGGUUGUUGUUUUAGACAGUUUUCAACUUUGAAUAAAGUGUUUAAAUAUUAAUAGUAUUUAAAUUUUGUGUCCAUGAUGGCAAAAAUUGUCAAAAAAUAUAUUCUCAAAAAGUUUGUCAAAAAAUGUGUUGUCAAAAAAUUAGUUGUCAAGAAAUGUGUUGUCAAAAAAUUGUUCGUCAAAAUCUGAAAGUCGACGAACACCUAAAAUGAACGUUAAUUAUUUUAUCUGUCUGUGUGUGUAUGUAUUAUCUUAAGAGUUAGUAUGAAUAUUUUAACAAUUAAAAUUUUAGUAAUAAGCUUCAGGGUGCUACGUAAUGUUAAAGUACAAGUCUCGCUCUCUUAUAAAACAAAUAUAAGUGUUCCAGAUUUAUAUAGUGUAAUAUUUUAGUGAUAAAUCUUAGGGUUUAAAAAAUAACCUUUUAAUUCAAAACACUGGAGACGCUCUUCCAGAAUAAUUGAUCUAUCUAGAAGACCCGAAAUUUGAUUUGCUUUCUAACGAAAUUUAAAUAUUCAGAAAAUGGGCCCUGUUGAGGUCUAUGAUCUCAUACAUUUUUUAUUAACAGGAGUCUCUAGUGAGUCUCGACUUUUAAUAAAACUGUUACACAUUACCCAAGUAUGAUUUUUCAUACAAAUAUUUGAUACUACGUAUUUUUUUUGUUUACGAUCGUAACUUAGGUAUUAUCUAUGAUUACAAAUUGUACCGCGCGAACUUAUUAUGUUAUGAUAACUCAAAGCUGGGAUAAUAUUUUUAUGAAUUUAGAUUACUGUUAAGAUUUCUUAAUGUCAAGCGGAGUCAUCAUUGACUUACAGUAACUUUUUAAAUGUAUAUUGAAUACCAAUGUGUAUGAUUUUAGUUUUACAUAAGGUAGUUGCUUUUGACUUUAUUAUUUUAAACUUAUAAAAUUCUUUUGCUUGUGAGAUAACGAAGUUCCUUUCACAUGUGUUUGCUCUAAUCUUACGGUGUUUGUUUACGACUGAGUGUUAAAUGCACAUAUAGAAAGCAGAAGUCCCUAGUUGAGAGUAGAUUUUCAAGACAUAAUAAAAAACUCUAAUUCUAAUUCCAAAUUUCAAAAAUUAACCCCCCCGCAUCAAUCCAAGUUCCCCCUAAAUCCCCCCCCCCCCCACGUUAUGAAAGACUGCACUCUCAGGCUUGAGUGACGAUAGUGCUCGCAGAUUAUACCUAUUGGAACUAUAUAUUUAUUAGAAGUACAUACUAAAAUAUAUACAAUAAUACUAAUAUAUAAUAAUAAUACUAAUUAUAUAUCUAAGUCGCGUCAACGCCGCCCAAGUACUUUGUCUUCCAUUAGCGAUCUAAUUUGUUUAGUUUAAAUAGCGUUGAUGUUACAAAAACUCUAUAAUAGUUAAAGAGAAAAUCUCUACUAUAACCGGCUUUUAUGUCCUAUGGGAUUUAGAAGGUACUGAUUAGGCCUCUAAUAGGCCCAUCCCCCACCGUAUAUGCUGCGUCCAUAUUCGAUGUAGUUCUUUCAAUAUAGUGCUAACUUGAAAACUUCGGAUGGCGUCAUAAUCGAUAUCGAGGAAUGUUAGCUAUACGACUCGCCAGUUUCCAUUAAAUGUUUUUCACUUAAAGAGCAAAUACUUCAAACCAUAAUUUAUAUCAUAAACAAAGUCAUACAUUACGUGUAACCUAGACGUAGAAUUAUUUUAAGGCGAUGUACGUAUAGGUCAAAGUCAAAAUAAAUUUAUUCAUAUAGGUAAACAAGUACACUUAUGAACGCCAGAAAAUAAUUAAGUUAUUUCUAAAUUUACAUUUAAUACCAGUUCGCAAAUCAAUGGCGAGCGGGCAAGAAGGACUGGCAACUUUCUGCCACUCUUUUUAAUCGCUAAGUUUUGAAACGUAGAAAUUGUUUGAACUGGAGCAAAUCAAUCCCAAGGAUUAGGAUCAUUUAAAUAUAGGGUAGGAAUCCUUCAGUGAUUAAUUUAUAUCAACGAGAUAAGAGGUAAACUUAAGCAAAUAUAUUUUUUUGAAGCCACAGAUAUUUUAAUUAGGUCAUAGGCACGCUAGCGAUAUUAGAUUGAAAGACAACACUUGUUAUCUGUAGAGACUGGAAUUAUGUAUGUAGUGUUUAAAAAAUGUUUAAUUCGUUAAAUGAAACAUAUAUUAAACGCGGUAAAUAUACCUAACGUUUGUUCAAGAGUAAUGACGUUGUUUUGUCAACAAGUAAUUCUUUAGUAAGUGAUACCUGCCAUUAAGUAUUUGUUAUUAGUUAUUAAG